CACGUGUCGACGCACUUUCACUUGCUUACAUGGCGAGCACUAAGAAAGUUGGAAUCUCUCUGUGGAUUUGUCGUCGUCGUGGAAGAAAAAGACACUCGACUCUUCACUGUCUCUCUCUGUGGCCAUCCAGCCUCAGGUCUUCAACUUCGAAAUUCAAAAUUAUAUAUUUUAAAGGAUGUUAUUUACCUCCUUUUGUCUCUGGUCUGUGUUCCAUUCCUUUCUUCUUAGGGUUUUCCAGAUCCUACUUUCUCUAUCUCGAAGUGGUGUUUUUUUUGGAGGAUUGGGAAUUGCUGGAGAUGUCGAAAGCUGGAGCUUUGGAUCUCGCAUCUGGUCUUGGUGGAAAGAUUGAGAAAGACGAUGUUCUCUCCGCCGUGGAUAAGUAUGAGAAGUAUCAUGUCUGUUAUGGAGGUGACGAGGAAGAGAGAAAAGCCAACUACACGGACAUGGUGAAUAAAUACUAUGAUCUUGUUACCAGCUUCUAUGAAUAUGGCUGGGGAGAAUCAUUCCAUUUUGCGCCUAGAUGGAAAGGAGAGUCUCUUCGGGAGAGCAUUAAGCGACAUGAGCACUUCCUUGCUCUACAACUAGGCCUAAAACCGAAGCAGAAGGUGUUGGAUGUAGGAUGUGGAAUUGGUGGACCAUUAAGGGAAAUUGCUAGAUUCAGCUCUACAUCAGUGACAGGUCUAAACAACAAUGAGUAUCAAAUAGCUAGGGGAAAGGCACUUAACAGCGUUGUUGGAGUGGACCAGACCUGCAACUUCGUGAAGGCUGAUUUCAUGAAAAUGCCAUUUCCUGACAAUACCUUUGAUGCGGUUUAUGCAAUUGAAGCUACCUGCCAUGCUCCUGAUGCAGUUGGAUGCUACAAAGAGAUAUUUCGGGUAUUGAAGCCUGGUCAAUGUUUUGCUGCAUAUGAGUGGUGUAUGACUGAUUCCUUUGACCCCAAUAACCAAGAACACCAAAAGAUUAAGGGAGAAAUUGAGAUUGGUGAUGGUCUCCCUGACAUCAGGUUGACAAGGCAGUGCCUCGAAGCUCUGAAGAUGGCAGGUUUUGAAGUUAUACGGGAGAAAGAUCUUGCGGUGGGCUCACCCGUCCCUUGGUAUUUGCCUUUGGAUAAAAGUCACUUUUCGCUCAGUAGUUUCCGUCUAACUGCAAUGGGACGUUUUAUUACCAAAAAUAUGGUCAUGGCCCUAGAAUAUGUCGGCCUUGCGCCCAAGGGAAGUCAGAGGGUGCAGUUAUUCUUAGAGCAAGCAGCAGAAGGGCUUGUUGCCGGUGGAAAGAAAGAGAUCUUCACGCCACUGUAUUUCUUCUUGGCUCGGAAGCCUCAGUCUGAUGUGCUGUAACAAGGAAGUGACAUUAAAUUACCUUGCUCGUGUGUGUUUAGUUUCCUGGAACAUCAUCUGAGACCUGCUAUCUCAGGAGUUCUAAUGCCAGCAUUUUUAUAUUUUGGACUCCCCUCAUUGCUUAAAUAUGUGAAAAUUUCCUCAAAUUUCAUAGGAAUUUGCAGGAAAAAUGGGAUUUUUUCAAUUUUGGUCAAGUUCAGUCAUUUACUGGAAUAAAUUUUGUUGGGGACAAGUAAAUUUUGUUUUGAAACGUUCAAAACGUUUUUGUUUUCAUGAAAAUCAAAAUGAAUCAUUGAUUGAAUAUCAAAAUUUCUAUGUUCGAGAUGCUUUGGUAGGUUGAGGUGCUUUGACUUUUGUUUCGGCAUGGUUUGAUGAAUGUUUCGGAAAUAAAAUUUUAAAUUCUUCUUUGUUUUUAUUUUGUUUUAGAAAUGUUUCCGAAACAUAAUCAAAACUUUUUUGUUUUCAACCUCAUCGAAACUAUGCACUAAAACGAAAUUUUGAUUCUUGGUUGGGGAUGGGUAAAUAUCAAUGGUAUUCAUAGAGAACCCCCUGGGGGAUCAUUAUAUUAGACGUGGAUGAUUGAACUUGAUGGAAAUUGACAAAUUUUGAAACUGAGAGGAUCGAAAUGGCAGUAAAAUGUAAGUUGAAAUGUAAUGUGUUUGUGGACAAUUGACUGAUAAAAUGGUUAUCC